AAACUACCUCCUGCACAGAACAUGGGCCAGAAGGUCUCACACGAGGAUAACCAAGAGAACAAGGCUGAAACUCUAGUCAUCUGUGACAUCUUCAGCCAAGGCGUGGUCCAUGCGUCUCAAAGGCUGAAGGACUAUCUUGGUUUUGUGGAUCCUCAGAGCAAAUUCCAGCCAGCCACAAACACAUUGAGUGAGAUCUUUCUGGUCAACUUCAUCAGCUUCUGUGUGGAAAAGGGAGUGGAGGAGCAUAUCAUGACCAGCAAAAUGACCAAGCAGCAGUCCUCCCUGUUUGGGGUGGACUGGAUCUGGACUCUGUCUGGAGCCGACAAGCAAAUCAAACUUCAGAUUGCCGUGCAGGCUCUACAGCUGGCUGAGCUCCUCGGCAGCAAAGGCGGCCUCGCCGAGGCGGGCGAGGACUGCUGCUGGGAAGCCGUGCUGGCAGAUGAACGCUUCCAAAACAGGAGCAGGUUUGAGAAGCUGGCAGAGUUCUGCCGCCUGGUGGGACAGGACUGCCUGGGCUUGUUCGUAGUGUUCGGUGUGCCAGGGAAGCCCAAGGACAUCCGAGGAGUCAUGGUAGACAGCCUUGCCAAGGAGGAGCAAAAAUGCCACCUGUCAGGCAGGAACGCACUACGGCAAUUUGUCACCAGUACUGACAGCUUCCUGCCCACAAGAGACAUGUUGGAAACCUGCCUGGGCGCAAAAAACGGGCCGAAGGAGGUGGGCAGUGUGUACAUCAGCUUUCUGUAA